GAAAGUGUGGAAAAGAGAGGAGGAAAAAAUAAGUUUGAGAAAGGAGGAGGAGGAGACAGAAGGGGAAGGGAAGACCGAGCCUCAGAGUGAGUUUUCAUUACAGAGGGGGGAAAUCUUUGUGCUUCAAGAUUCCCUGCAAUAUGGAUUCAAAACUCUGUAUCUGAGGAAGAUCAGUCCUGCAGAACGGACACAUAGGGUCAUACAAGAGCAACGACCAUCAUCAUGUGGCUGUUAUGGACAUGCGUGCUCUGGCUGCUCAGGUGCAUCGUUUUCAGCAACGGAGGAAUAUUACAUCACACAGGAGAUUUGUGUCCAAGUUUAGAACAUGAAGGCCUCAUCGCAGGUGAUGGAAGCAUUAACACCACAGGAUUCAAUCUCAUCCGGCGGUUCUCCCUUCAGAAGACGAGUUUAGUAAAGAAAAUUCGGAACCCUAAAGGCCCUAUGAUUAUGAGGCUUGGAGGAGCCAGGCUGGUACAACCAACAGCACAGCUGUUCCCUUAUGGUAUUCCCGAUGAGUUCACUUUGGUGAUAACCUUGUUGCUGAAGAAGCAGACGACAGAUGAAGACUGGUACCUCUUCCAAAUCAAUGACCUUCAAGGAUAUCCACAG